UUCUCACGCUCGCCCAGUCGAUUGAUUGUACGGUUUAAGAAGCAGAAAAUAAAGCAAAAAUAAUACAAAAACUUAGUUAGAAGAACGUUAAGGCGCGUUUGAGAAAUAUUUAAAGCUUUGACUAAACGCUUAGUAGAAGAAACCCACCAAAUAGUAGCCGCCGCAGAAUACCCACAGUUACUAUCUAACAAAAUUUAUUAAAAAAAAGAAAACAAUUGCAAUAAAAAUAAUAUAAAAUAAACAAAAAAAUUAAAAUAGAAAAGAAAUAAAAUAAAAAAUUAUUUAAAAGUGUAGAAAACUAGAAUAAUCAACACGUGAAACCAACAAGUUAUCACCAAAAUUGCCACACUACUGUUGGAGACUGUAGCAACCCACUAGGAAAAUCCAGCGUUAAAACGAGAUUUUACAGCUUAAGCCUUUUUUAGCCGCAACGCAGACAUUUAGAUAACUGUACGUAUAAGAAGACAUGCGCCUUGAUUCCAAUUCCAAUGAGGAUUGUAAGACGUCGUCAGACUCGACAUUGUGCAAAGUAAAAUUUGACACACUCUCAGUCUGGGGUGGCUCAGAGAAGACAGAUACCCGUCUGCCAAUAACGGACUACUCCACUUUGGGCGGACCACGUCACAAUUGCAGUCCAUUUCCGUUAUCAAAAGAUGUUAAUAAUCGCUUUUUGUUGUGGGAGGGCGAUGUAACCACACUCGAAGUGGACGCCAUCACAAAUACUAUCGAGGAGACACAAAACGAGACUAAUCCACUUGCCGAACGCAUAUAUGCUGCUGCCGGUAAUCAAUUGAAGGAAGAAUUAAGCAAUAACCUAAAAGAGUGCCGAACUGGCGAGGUGUGCGUUACGCGUGGCUACAAUUUACCAGCCAAAUUUGUGAUACACACCGUCGGACCAGCUGUGAAGGAGACAUUCAAAAGUGCUGCUGAAAAUACAUUGCAUUACUCUUACAGAAAUGCUUUGUAUAAAGCUAAGGAACUAAAUCUACGUACAAUCGCUAUCAGCAACUUAAGUGCCAAUCAGAGUAGUUUCCCAGCCGACUUAGCUGCCCACAUAGCAUUGCGUACAAUUCGCCGAUUUUUAGAUAAAUAUCAAACGCAAAUUGUGAUAUUGUGUGUUAGCGCACACGAACGUGGCAUUUAUGAAGUGCUAGCGCCGCUUUACUUUCCACGCGAUCACCUCGAGGAGCGUAGUGCCCUGUGGCAAUUGCCCAAGGAUAUAGGCGGUGAAUUUGGUGAACCACAAAACACUGACCGACAAAUACGUAUCAUUCGCAAUCCGCAGCACAGCGUACUAAUGCGACACGCUGACGACGAUUCCGACAACAGCCCACACGACAUGGAAGGCAACAAUUCGGACUUAGAGAGCGGUUUCGCCGACAUGAACGGCGUGAGCCUCAACAGUUAUGGCGGCGUCACAUCGUCCGCCUAUUCACAGAUGCAGAUCGAUUUGGAUAGACAACACUUAUUAGGCAAUCGAAAUCACGUUGUUGAGAGCGUCAUUGCCGACGGACUGGAAGGCUUAGAGCAUCAGGAGAGAUAUGAACGCCUCUUACAUCGCGCUCAAAUUGAAGACCUUACAGAAGUUUCCGGCAUUGGUUGCCUAUAUCAGAGUGGCGUCGAUCGUUUGGGUCGACCAGUUGUCGUGUUUUGCGGCAAAUGGUUCCCAGCACACAACAUCGAUUUGGAAAAGGCACUUUUGUAUUUGAUAAAGCUUUUGGAUCCCAUCGUUAAGGGCGAUUAUGUAAUUGCGUACUUCCAUACUUUGACUUCAACAAAUAACUAUCCAUCACUUCACUGGUUGCGUGAAGUGUACAGUAUAUUACCAUACAAGUACAAGAAAAACCUGAAGGCCUUUUAUAUUGUGCACCCAACAUUUUGGACUAAGAUGAUGACCUGGUGGUUCACAACAUUCAUGGCGCCCGCCAUCAAAGCCAAGGUACACUCACUUCCCGGUGUUGAGCACUUAUACUCCGCCAUUUCCAAGGAUCAAUUAGAGAUACCCGCAUACAUCACCGAAUACGAUAUGACGAUUAACGGUCUGCAUUACUUUACGCCGAUGCCCACACCAUCAUAGAUAACAAUCGUGACCAUCUAGUCGUCGACAAGUUCCACUCUAAACACAUAGCAAAAACAACAAUAACAGUAUGAAGAGCAACAACAACAAGCGCCUAGUGACGUUUAAAAUCAUAAGCGUACACACACAUGCAUACAUAAAUACAAUACAUACAUACAUAUUUACGAAAGCAAAAGAAAAAUGCUAAAAUUGUUAAACAAAAACUAAAAAACUGUGACUAACAAUCCGUUAAAACGCUAAAUGUUGUACCUACUGACACACACACACACACAAACAUGUUCAUAGACAGUUUUUUUUCUUAUACUCAGUACGGACUAAAAUGAUGCUGCAUAUAAAUACAAAACAGACUAAUGCUGGUAUAUACAAUUAUACAUACACACACAUACUUACUUACUUACUUACAUAUACAUACAUACUUAUAUACUGAGCGUAUUGAUUUAUAAAUAUGAAAACGAGUAAUAUUGUAAAGUUAUUGCAAUUAUGAAACGAGAGUAUUGUUAAUAAAAGCUAAAAAAAAUUGUUAUUCUGUGCGAAAAAAUGUUUAGCUAACUAGAUUUUGAAAAAAAAUUAUAUAUAUACAUAUAUACAUAAAAUAUUAAUAAUAUUUAACACAAGAAAAUAAUUAAAGUUAGUAACUGAAACGUACAGUAGUUAUGUAGCUCAGCUAGAAAAAAAUUAUGAGCUGAAAAAAUUGUAGAUUUACUUAGUUUUGACAACAACAAAAACAAAACCCAACCACAAAAAAUGUUCUUAUGAUGAGCAUAGUUAAUUAGAACAAUUCGGUCGAUUAGGAGCGUUUUCAAAAUUCAUGCUGCUAGCAAUAAAUGCACUUAUUUACAACAAAACAAAUGAAGAAACUGACAAGAAACAAAAACAAAAUAUGUAUAGAAAUUUUCCGACGCAUGUACAUACUGACAUAUGCACAUGCAUAAAUUUGGCUUAAAUUAUUAAA